AUUUAUAUAUGAAAACUGAUACUAAAUAUAUCGGAUGGAUUAAUAAUGCCCUUACAUGAAAGGAAAUAUCUUAUCAUAAAAAAAAGAAAUAUUAUUUAAUUAAAUGUUCAAUAAAUUUCAAAGAGUUCAGCAACACGUGGCUUUCCUUCUUGUCUCCAUCAGUUGCUUUUAAGAAAAAGCAUUACGCAACGCGUCGAUUGGAAAAUUUCCAAACUCUCGUUUAAUCCCCGCAAGAUUCAUCGGUUUUGUUAUAAUGGUCACUUGCGAAAGUUGACCGCACGUCCGUGGCUCACAGCCGAAGACAACGUGUCGGUGUUCGAGCCUGUCUACUACCGCGAUAAACAUUCGCGUGGCUGGCGUGGCUGCGUCAUCCAGAGAAAUGGAAGAAAAAUACGGCGGCGUUGUGCGGUAGUAGUGCGCUGGCAAGACACCGCCGGUCCCCGGAUUGUUUCCGACUUGUCAAACGUCGAGAAGACACGUCCGCGAUCGUUCACAGUCUGGACACGGUCGGUCAGUGCGAGGAGGUGAGGCAUCGGAUGUGCCAGCAUGCACGUGCCAUCACUCGCUGUGAUUUUCCUGCUACGCCUCGUCUCGAUCGCGGCCCAUCCGACGACAACGAAGGUCGCGGCGCACCAGCCGGUCGCGCCGAAGAAGUGCUGCGUCGCCGGUUACGCGUUCAACGAGGACCUCGAGUGCGUCCACGCGGAACCGGACAGGCUCAACUACACCACGUACGAUGCCUGGCGAACGAUCUCGUUCCAACGUUCGCGGAGGAUCACCACGGUGAUCGCAUCCGUGCAGGGUUUGAGCUGCCGCGACGACGAGGAGGAGGAUGACGCCGGUUCGAGACAUCGUCCGCGCGACCACCCGCCAAUCUCUUCCAUCUUUCACGCAUCGAAGGACUACUGCAUCGAGAAUAUGAUCAACGGUACGACGGUGCUGAUCAAGUGCGCGAAGGCCAGUUCGGGAGUGACUCCGGACAGAGAGAACUCGACGAAAACGAGAGUGAUAAUGAAAACUACGUCGACGACGACAACGACGACGACAAUCAUCACCGUGACGACUAUUACUACCAUUACCACCACCGUCAGCGUGGCGAACGUAUCGUCGCAGGAGGAUGAGACGGGAGUCGUUCAUCACUGUAACGAUCUGAGAUCAGUGUUCUUCUGGGGCGCGCAGACCUACAUGGACACCAACGUGGCCCACGUCGUCCUGUCCACGAUCGUCGUCGUGGUGUAUCUAUCCGUUCCGGAACUCGGCAGAAGCAUCUACAAUCGCGCGGUGCUCCGCCACAACGUCUGCCUGUUGUUACAGGGGUGCCUGCUGACGCUUCUCGCCUACUGCAACUUGUGCGACGUCCCGAUAAGCGACGACUCCGAGACGCUCCUGUGGAUACUGAUGCAGUACUUCACGAACGCCACGGUGUUCUGGCUGAACGUGAUCUGCCUCGACAUGGCCCUGUCCAUCACGCGAUUCCGCUGGAUGACGGGAUCAGGUCAGCAGACGAGUCAGAAGGAGAACAGGCGGCUGCUGCUGUACGGCGUUUUCGCGUGGGGCUGCGCCUUUCUACCUGCCGUCGUCGCCGUCAUCCUGGAAUUUUGCCCCGGCAUCCCGAUGGACUUGCCGCUCAAGCCGAAUUACCGCCGCUACCACGACGGGCCGAACUACGUGGUGAACAUAUACUUCUUCGGCAUUCCGCUGCUGACGCUCUUCUGGAACAAUGUGCUGUUCGUGUUCACCACGUACAAGAUCAUACGGAUACGACGGAGCACGGAGAUAGCGACGAGGAAUCAGACCAACGCCCUCAGGAAGAAGUAUUUCCUCUUCUUGCAGCUGUACCUGCUGAUGGGCGCGCCGUGGUUCUUCGGCCUGCUCUUCGCCUGCAUGAACAAGCUCGUGGUGAUGAAGAUAUGCCGGCUGAUAUGGCCGAUUCUGUGGCUCCUGAUGCUCGCCACCCACAGGAAACUACGGCGUAAGCUCGCGAACAAGUUGCGGUGCGUCAAGAAGAAACCGGAGACCGGAGUCGCGACCAUCUCGUAAAACGGAUCCGAUGUCCGGAUGACUGUGCGCAAUGUGCGCAUUCUAGAAUCAGCGACUUUAUUUUUCUCGACCGCCGAAAAAAAAAUGCGUGUGAUGCGACGGAUCAAGUUCUUAUCAGUUGCAACCGCAGCGUGCAAAACCGCGGGAUCCUCCUUCCCUAGAUUAUCAUAUACAACGUUACGUAAUUUCGCGGCGACAGUUCCUCCUUGCUCGUCAUUAUGUUCACGCCAACUACGCGCUCACGGGCGUUUACAUUAUUUUCUUGCGCAAUCCACUGAAAACUCCCGGUUCUCGAGGAAAAGAAGGAACAGAAAAAAAAUCAACGACGUCGCCGCCGCAAUAUCCGAUGCCGCGAACUGAGCGAUGAGUCGUAGAAAAACUCGGGUUCGCGGCGUCGCGUCGUCGUCGUCGUCAUCAUCGUCGUCGUUGCGCGGCAGGAUAAUAAAGGAGUCGGAGCGCGACGUCGUUUCCUGCCGGGGCAUUUUAAUUACCGUAUUCGCGCGACGCGCCCCAUCACUCGCCCCCGCUCGUAUUAUUUUUUUUUUCCCGUUUUUACAACGUGUAGACUGUAGAAUAUUAACCUGUUAGUGUACAACGCGAGCGAUACAUCAGGCGGGCGCUUUUUACGGACGCGAUCUUCCGCACCUCGGAAAGACGCAAUAAGAACGUGAUUCUCUCUCUCCUCGAGGGAAAGCCCCCCUGUAUGCUAACAGGUUGAAAUAUAACUCGAAAAUAUGUACGAGA